CGAAACUGUCUCCAUGAUUGUUUAUUCGAAGGAUGACGGCAAAAAUUGGGUGCUUCCACAGGGGACGCUCCUCAGGUGGUGCACUGACCCCCUCAUCGUUGAGUGGGAGCAGGGGCAGCUUGUCAUGGUUGCCAAAUGUGAUUUGCUCUCCAAUGUGUUCGAGUCGAGGGACAUGGGGGCAACGUGGAGGGAGGCUGUCAGGAUACUCACACGUGUUCAGCCCAGGUUGUUACCAGACGCUUCUCAGAAACCUGAAGGAGUGGGGUCCCUCACCACUGCCAUCAUUGCUGGAAAGAAGGUCAUGCUGUACACUCAGAAAGGGAUUCCCCCUUGGGACACGCCGCCAGCCACCAAGCUCUACCUUUGGGUCACUGACAACAACCGCACGUUUCACGUUGGGCCCAUUUCCAUGGACACUACAGAGAAGUGGACGUCUGCCAACACCCUGCUGCAUUCGAAAGAUGCGUUGUACUUUUUACAAGAGAGGAGUAACGACACGGCAAAUAUCCUGAUUUUUACUUUUCUAAGGAAGAAGCUGAAGAGGAUCACGUCAGUCUUGGAGACUUGGGCAAAACUGGACUCCUACUUCUCCAUGUCGUCUGUGCCCACGGUCGGUCUGGUUGGAUUCUUGUCGGAUGCAUCGGGUGAUGCAACUUGGAAAGACGCGUACCACUGCGUGAAUGCAAUUGUGACGAAUGCAAAGAAGGUCGAAGAUGGCUUUGAGUUCACAGGGUCCGAGUCAUACGCCAUGUGGCCCGUGAACAUGCGGAAGCAUCAAUAUGUGCACAGCUUUAUGGAUUAUGAGUUCACGCUUGUGGCGACGGUGACGAUCGCUGAGGUUCCGAAAGAGAGCGCUCCUCUGCUGGGUGCGUCACUGAGCAGAAAGAACAACUUGAAGUUUGUGGGGCUGUCGUACACGGCGGAGAAACAGUGGGUGACAGUCUUCGACGGCAUGACAACAACAACACACAACAGCACUUGGGAGCCGGGGAAGAAGUACAAAGUGGCGCUCAUGCUGCAGGCCAAUGAGGGCUCUGUGUACGUGGACGGCGUGCUUGUGGGGAAUACUAACAAACUACCAAUUCUUAAGGUACGGUGGCACCAAAUCGCACACUUUUACUUUGGUGGCGGCGAAAACAGCAGUGUGAAAGUAAAGAACGUUUUUUUGUACAACCGACCACUGAAUGCCAUGGAACUUAAAGCGGUUGACAGCUACGUUGCAUCUGGAGAACGUCCAAGUGACAGUUCCACGCGUGCUGAUGUGCUCCGGGUGUCAAUUCUGCUGCUAUUUGGGCUAUGGGGCUUUGCAGCCCUGUCCUGA